AAGAAAGAGAAAACACAGAAAAAGAAAGAAAGGAAACAACGCGAUUCGCUAAUCAUUUUCAUUACCUGACAAUUCAUGGGCUUUUCGCAGGACCAUAUAUAUACGAGCGUUAGGAGGCCACGUAGAGCCGUAGACAGACGCAAUUUCGUCCUCGCCACCCCCAGGGACCGGGCGAAGCGAGCAUCCACCGCCCCCGCCGAAGACAGACGUCGCGCGCCGCAGCCGUCGCCGAUCCUCAUUAUAAAAACGAUCCUCUGGAUGGCGGGGCAGUCGCGGAAGUGGAUGAUUCUGGUAGCCACCAUCUGGAUUCAGGCGUUCACCGGGACCAACUUCGACUUCUCGGCGUACUCGUCGGAGCUGAAGUCGGUGCUGGGGAUAUCGCAGGUGCAGCUGAACUACCUGGCGGUGGCGUCGGAUCUGGGGAAGGUGUUCGGAUGGUCGUCGGGCCUCGCCCUCAUGUACCUUCCCCUUUGGAUCGUCAUGUUCGUCGCCGCCUUCAUGGGUCUCUGCGGCUACGGUCUCCAGUGGCUCGUCAUCCGCAACAUCAUUUCCUUGCCCUAUUUUCUGGUAUUUCUACUGUGUCUCUUGGCCGGAUGCAGCAUCUGCUGGUUUAACACCGUAUGCUUUGUCCUCUGCAUUCAGAACUUCCCGGCCAAUCGCCCUCUCGCCAUCUCUCUUACCGUCAGCUUCAACGGUGUCAGUGCCGCCCUCUACACCCUCACUGCCAACGCCCUCGAUCCCUCCUCCGACGCCCUUUACCUCCUUCUUAACGCCACCCUUCCCCUCCUCACCUCCACCGCCGCCCUCUUCCCCAUCCUCCUCCAACCCUCCUUGGACCCCCUCCCCCCCGAUGCCGUCCGCCGCGAUUCCCUCAUCUUCCUCCUCCUUAACUUCCUCGCUGCCCUCACCGGCGUCUACCUUCUCCUGCUCGGCUCCAUCUCCGCAAGCGCAACCAUCUCCCGCCUCCUCCUAGGCGGAGCCGUCUUUCUCCUUGUCCUCCCACUGUGCAUCCCCGGCGUCGUCUACGCGCACGAUUGGUUCCACCGCACCAUCCACUCUAGCUUGCGCCUCGAUGGCUCUAGCUUCCUCCUCGUGGACGUUGACGACCUCGAGCUCCACAAGGAGUUGCUAGCGCGCGAGGGUAGCAUUUGCGGGGAUGGGGGGAGUGCGGAUCACCUCACCAAUGGGAACGCGAACGAAUCAAUGUAUGAAAUCGCGAGUCCGGAGGAGAGCAAAGGGUGCUGUGAGAAGAUAAUGAAGGAUGAGUUGGCGAUGUUGGGAGAAGAGCAUCCAGCAGGGGCAUUGGUGCGGCGAUUGGAUUUUUGGUUGUACUAUGCGGCAUACUUCUGCGGAGGCACAAUUGGGUUAGUUUAUAGUAAUAAUUUGGGACAGAUUGCGCAGUCUCUUGGACAAAGCUCGAACACCAGUUCUCUUGUUACCUUGUAUUCGUCCUUCUCUUUCUUCGGCCGGCUGCUUUCGGCAACACCAGACUUCAUGCGCGCGAAGUUCUAUUGUGCGAGGACGGGGUGGCUGGCCAUUGCACUUGUUCCCACCCCAUUAGCCUUCUUCCUCCUUGCAUUGUCCGGCAGCGGACCGACGCUUCAUGUGGGCACGGCACUGAUCGGGCUGAGCUCGGGGUUUAUAUUUGCAGCAGCUGUUUCGAUAACUUCGGAGCUAUUUGGGCCGAACAGUGUGGGCGUGAACCACAACAUCCUUAUAACAAACAUCCCAAUAGGGUCACUAGUGUACGGUGUUCUUGCUGCCAUAGUUUAUGAUGCUAAUAUCAGCUCUAGUUUGGGAAGCAUAGUAAUAGUCAAUAGUGACACAGAGGUAUGCAUGGGGAGGAACUGCUACUUCUUGACAUUUUUGUGGUGGGGAUGCAUUUCUGUUUUGGGACUUGCAACUAGUGUGGUGUUGUUCUUGCGGACCAGGCCUGCUUACAAUCGUUUUGAAGAGAAUCGGAUUUCAACACAACCUUAUUAAUUAAAGAUGCUUACCAUAAAUCAAAGGAGAUGAUCAUUAUGAUGAUAAAUUAGGUGCAAGGAAGAAGAAGCCUAACAUGUAUACGAAUGUCAUGCUUGCAUAAUGUUUACUUCAUUGAUCAAUUAAUGUGAUCAUUUUUCAUUUUUGUGUUGUACCUAGUUAUGAUUUUAUCGUAUGCUUCCAAUUUUCAUC